UGAAUAUUUUAGCCCAUGCGUCACAGAUCCUCCGCCCCCUUCCCCCCCACCCCCAUCUGCCAUUUUGGUUUUGUUCCCGUCCUGCAGUCGCGAAGCCAGCAACGCAAUUACAUAGAAGGAGACUCUCAGUACAACGACAUAGUGACUCGACAAUAUAGUGUAGACCCUCCUAAUCCCCGCAACGCUUUUCUUUUAGUAUUACCAAUCGUCGAAGUUAUUACCAUCGUUAACAUCGACAUAACACUGCGGGAGAGGAGCGGGUUCGCAUCGGGAAGGGACCGAGAAGGAUUAUUGAUGUCCAGCUCGCCGCUGUCCAAGAAGCGUCGCUUGUCAGGAACAGAGACGAAGACGGGAUCCCACUGCUCCUCCUCUAACUCUGUCAGAACUGAUCUGUCCCACACACCUGCCAACGGCAUGGCUAAGAAUGGCAAUGAUGCUGAGAUCGACGAAGGCCUGUACUCCAGACAACUUUAUGUGUUGGGCCAUGACGCUAUGAAGCGUAUGCAAAACUCCAAUGUACUCAUCUCUGGUAUGAGAGGUCUUGGAGUGGAGAUCGCCAAGAAUGUUGUCCUGGGAGGAGUUAGAGGUGUAACUGUUCACGACCAAGGAGUUGCAGAAUGGAGAGACCUCUCCUCUCAGUUUUACCUCAGGGAGGAAGACCUGGGAAAGAACAGAGCAGAGGUGAGUCAGCUUCGUUUGGCUGAACUCAACAACUACGUUCCUGUGACCGCCUACACUGGAGUACUCACUGACGACUACCUGACCAAGUUCCAGGUGGUAGUGCUGACUAAUUCAGAUUUGGAUGAGCAGCAGCAGGUGGGAGAGCUCUGCCACAGCAAGGGAAUCAAGCUGAUCAUCGCAGACACACGUGGUUUGUUUGGCCAACUUUUCUGUGACUUCGGUGAGGAGAUGGUUGUGUAUGACACCAAUGGAGAGCAGCCAUUGAGUGCCAUGAUUUCCAUGAUCACAAAGGACAAUUCAGGGGUUGUGACGUGUCUAGAUGAAGUUCGUCAUGGCUUUGAGAGUGGAGACUUUGUCACCUUCACAGAGGUUCAGGGUAUGACAGAGCUAAAUGGUUGCCAGCCAGUGGAAAUUAAAGUUCUGGGUCCCUACACCUUUAGCAUCUGUGACACAGCUGGCUUCACAGACUAUGUAAGAGGAGGAAUUGUCUCCCAGGUCAAGGUGCCCAAGAAGAUUGCUUUUAAAUCCGUCUCUUCUUCCAUGGCUGAACCAGAGUUCAUUAUGACAGACUUUGCCAAGUUCGAUCGUCCAGGGCAGCUUCAUGUGGGCUUCCAGGCUAUCCAUGCCUUCCAGAAGAAACAUAACCACCUUCCUAUACCUUGGGGCCAGGCUGAUAGUGAUGAGCUUUUGGCAUUGGCCAAAGAGGUGAACUCAGCCCAGACCGGUUCAGCCAAAGUGGAGCAGCUGGAUGACGGUCUUAUCAAAAAGUUGUCCUAUGUUUCUGCUGGUGAUCUGGCCCCUGUCAAUGCCUUCAUUGGGGGUCUGGCUGCACAGGAAGUUAUGAAGGCAUGCACAGGAAAAUUCAUGCCCAUAAUGCAGUGGCUCUACUUUGAUGCCCUGGAGUGCCUGGCUGAGGAGGAAGAUGUCAUGUUAACAGAGGAAGAGUGCGCCCCUAGGAACAGCCGAUACGAUGGGCAGAUUGCUGUGUUUGGCACCAAGCUGCAGGAAAUGCUUGGCAAACAGCGCUACUUCCUGGUGGGAGCUGGUGCCAUUGGCUGUGAGCUGUUGAAAAACUUUGCCAUGAUUGGACUGGCAGGCGGUGAGGGAGAGGUUAUUGUGACAGACAUGGACACCAUAGAGAAGUCCAACCUCAACAGACAGUUCCUCUUCAGACCCUCAGAUGUUACGAAAAUGAAGAGUGACACAGCUGCUGCUGCAGUGAAACAGAUGAACCCUUCCAUCAGGAUCACCGGUCACCAGAACAGAGUGGGUCCUGACACAGAGAGGGUCUACGAUGACGACUUCUUUGAAAGCCUUGACGGAGUGGCGAAUGCACUGGAUAAUGUUGACGCACGUAUGUACAUGGAUCGGAGGUGUGUGUACUACCGUAAACCUUUACUGGAGUCUGGUACUCUUGGCACCAAAGGCAAUGUCCAGGUUGUGAUCCCCUUCCUCACAGAGUCAUACAGCUCCAGCCAAGACCCACCUGAGAAGUCCAUCCCCAUCUGCACCCUCAAGAACUUCCCGAAUGCCAUUGAACACACACUGCAGUGGGCACGUGAUGAGUUUGAGGGACUAUUCAAACAACCCCCAGAGAAUGCCUUGCAGUACCUCUCAGAUCCAAAGUUCAUGGAGCGUACUCUGAAGCUUCCUGGAGCCCAGCCUGUGGAGGUGCUGGAGGCUGUUUACAAGUGUCUUGUCACAGACUGCCCCCACAGCUGGGCUGACUGUGUGGCCUGGGCCCGCAACCACUGGCAGGUCCAGUACAGCAACAACAUCAGCCAGCUUCUGCACAACUUCCCCCCAGAGCAGCUUACCAGCUCUGGUGCCCCCUUCUGGUCUGGCCCAAAGAGGUGUCCUCACCCCCUAGAAUUCAGCACUAGCAAUGAGCUGCACAUGGAUUACAUCAUGGCAGCGGCGAACCUGUAUGCCCAGACGUAUGGUGUACAGGGCAGCACUGAUCGUGGAGCUCUAGUCAAGAUCCUACAGGAGGUCAAGGUGCCACAAUUUACCCCUCGUUCAGGAGUCAAAAUCCAUGUGUCUGACCAGGACCUGCAGAACAGCAAUUCCUCUGUUGAUGACUCAAGACUGGAAGAGCUGAAGGUCCAGCUGCCUUCCUCUGAAUCUUCCCAGUUCAAACUCAACGCCAUUGACUUUGAGAAGGAUGAUGACACCAACUUCCACAUGGACUUUAUCGUAGCAGCAUCCAACCUGAGGGCAGAGAACUACGACAUUCCCCCCACAGACAGACACAAGAGCAAACUCAUAGCUGGCAAGAUCAUUCCUGCCAUUGCCACUACCACUGCAGCUGUGGUUGGCCUUGUCUGCCUGGAGCUCAUCAAAAUUGUUCAAGGACACAAGAAGCUGGAGUCUUUCAAGAAUGGCUUCAUGAACUUGGCCCUGCCUUUCUUCGCCUUCUCCGAGCCUAUCGCUGCUCCCAGACAUAAGUACUAUGAGAUUGAUUGGUCAUUGUGGGAUCGCUUUGAGGUCACAGGGUUGCAGUCCAAUGGGGAUGAAAUGACACUCCGACAGUUCCUGGACUACUUUAAAAAUGAGCAUAAGUUGGAAAUCACCAUGCUUUCUCAGGGAGUGUCCAUGCUCUAUUCAUUUUUCAUGCCUGCUGCCAAACUCAAAGAGAGACUGGACCUGCCGAUGACAGAGAUUGUGACAAAGGUGUCCAAAAAGAAGCUGGGCAAGCACGUGAAAGCGCUGGUGUUUGAGCUCUGCUGUAAUGACCUGUCAGAUGAAGACGUGGAAGUGCCCUAUGUCAGAUACACCAUCCGCUGAGCCCCAUGUUGUACCCACCCACAGGGUGGGGGGGAGAAAGGGGGAGGGGUAUUCUGAGGAAGAGUUGGGGUGGGUGGGUUGAUCCAGGUCAACUCUACUGGAUCAAUCAGUUUUUUUAAAGGCCUCUGGUUUGUGUAAACCUGUGCCUGAGUGUAUAUAGACCCCGUAAGCUGAUUUAAGAAAACCUGUAUGUGUGUUACGGAUCCAGCUGGUGCAUCGCUGUGGGAUCAGGGGUGUCGCUGGAGGAAGGGAGCAUGUAUACUGGACCUCCUGAUGUUUCUCAGUAGCAGAACCUCUCAGCUGAGUUUAAUUCUAAGCCUUAGUGUUCUCUUGGCAUUCUCUCUGAAACAUCCUCACACUCUUACUAGCCUUCAGCACCAAAGGAGGGACCUUUUCUCUCCCCUCCACUCUACUUGUUCCCUUCCUUCCUCUGUCCCCUGUCUCCUAGACCUGAUCCCACAUCACUGUUUUUUUUUCUUUCAAAGAUGCAUCUCAUUAAAAAAAAAUGUUCAGUCAAGAAGAAUCCCUGAAAUGUGUUGCAUUCAUUGAGAAUCCAUUGUGCUCCCCCAGGCCAUAUCACUGCCCUUAACUCUACCUGAGACCCCAGUUUUAAAGGCAUAGAGGCACUCAAAGAUACAGCCAAGACUGAGUCAACAUUUUCUGCAGACUGGAAAAAAAAAGUAUCUCAUGCCGGCAGAUUAGGAACUGUUGCCAGUUUAAGGCACCCUUACACCCACCUCAUCCAGCACUCUGGCUUUUGGAGGGGCUCUUGCACAUGACAUCACUUCUCUUUAUUCUCUUUGCAUUUCAUGUGUUUUGUUAAUUUCUAUUAUAUUUUGGGGGGUGAACAGUGGUUUUGGCACACACACCUUCUAGAUCAUUAAUGUCUUCUUUCUACUUUAACUCCAAAUGACAUUGCAGUAUAAGAACAAGGCAAUGAGAUGUAUCUUGAAAUGGGAGCACUUAGUGUGAUAGUGAAUAAACAGGUAAAAACAAA